UGUCUUUGUUGUCUCUGCUGGGAAAAGAACAGCCAUGGCUUUAGAAUUUCAGCAUCAUACUAUACUAGAGAAAAUAUCUUGCUUAAUAUGUGCAUGUCGCAAAAGGUUUCGGUGCUCAUAAGUGCACGUGCAUGCAUACAUUUUAUACACACACAUCCCCACCAUCGUUCACCCGUAUGCAGUCAGAUCUUUCCAAUGACAUUCAACAUUGGAUCAUUGCCCAGAGUGGGAAAUCCAAAUAGAUGCAAACUUAAGUGCACUACUUUGAGUGGCUGGCCUGUUUACCAGGCAGCUGUGCAAGGAGCAAACAUCCAGCAGGCCUACAGGGAGGAAAAAAACAUGGUCAUCACUGGCCUCUUCAGGAGGAAGUUAAAAUGGUAACACUGAAUAUAAAAUCACCCUCAAACACCACAUUGGAAGUCCCCUACAGUGUCACGCAUUAUGUAAACGUAUUCAAGUGUUCAAGCAAAUUCAAACCUGACACAAGUGAGCCAGAAAGGGAGAGCAAUCGAGGGAGAAAAGAGAACUAGAAAGAGACAGGGGGAUAGUAUUUUAAUAAGUGCAGAUCGCAGAGGUGGAGCUCUGUGCGGGUUCAGAGGUUGACAGAGUAGGGAAGAGAAAGGGUGGAGUGAAAGAGUGAAGGGGAGGACAGUGCACUGGUGCACGCCGGUGGCUCCGCAGACGUGCCGUGGUUUCCUGGAAGAGUGCAUCUGUGUCACCUACUUUUUCUCCAGGGAGAGGGGCCUGCUUCUCUGAUUGACAGCAGGAGAGGAGGCUGUGGAUGCUGAGUGUCGACGCCAAAGAUGAGAGACGAAGAGAUGUCGAACGGGGCCCUGGAAAGCCAGGUGGAUGAGGAAGAGGAUGAGGAAGAGGAAAAAGAGGUUGUGCCCUCCGGCCCUUCCCUCUUCUCCCCACAGCUGCGAGCGAUGAUGCGAAUACGGAACAAGUACCAGGCCCUGAAGAAGCGACGCCUCAAUGGCAACGGUGCACAGCUGACGGCACCCGGGUCCAACAUGCCUGAGGUCUUCACCUUUGAGCAGUCGAUUGAGCGUGCUCAGAAGAAGAGAAAGAAAAGGAAGUCCCGUGUGCUUUUCCCCAGUGACAACCGCAAGUUUCUCCCCAAAGAGAAGGACAAGAGUCGUGCGAAACCCUUCUUAAUCCUCUUCAGCAUCAUUGUCUUCCUCCAGGUUUACAAUGCCAUUGAGAACCUAGAUGACCACGUUGUGAAGUAUGACCUGGAGGGCUUGGAGAAGACCUUAGGGCGAGAGGUGCUUGGCCAGAAGCGAGCCAUGGAGACUCUGAUGGACCACCUGCGAGACUACCUGUCCACCUACUCCCACCACCAGCCCUUGGCGCUGUCCUUCCACGGCCCCAGCGGGGUGGGCAAGAGCCACCUGGGUCGCGUGCUGGUGCGCCACUUCCGCUCAGUGGUGGGCGACGAGCUGGUGGUGCAGUACUUCACCCUGCACAACUGCCCGCCGCAGGAGAGCCCCGGCCAGUGCGCAGCGGACCUGGCCUCGCGUGUAGCCCAGGUGGUGGCCCGGGCCGAGGAGGACGAGCGCAUCCCCCUGGUGGUGCUGGACGAGGUGCAGCUGAUGCAGCCCCCCAUGCUGGACGCCCUGCUGGAGCUGCUGAGGCCAGACCAGAGCAACGAGUUUCUCAAUGUCAUCUAUGUGCUCCUCAGCAGCUUGGGCCAGGAGGAGAUCACCCGGCACAUUCUCCAGAACUCCUCCUCCUCCCCCUCCUCCUCCUCCUCUAUCUUCUGGAAGGGCCAGGACAUGGAGGACGUGAUCCAGAGCAGCCUGGCUAAGCAGCACCCUCUCUGGGCAGAGGUGGAUGUGGUGGCCCUGAUGCUCCUGGAGAAGAGCCACGUGGUGGAGUGUUUCCUGGAGGAGAUGACACGGGAGGGGUUCUACCCGGACCUCGGCCACGUGGAACAGCUGGCGGGGGAACUGUCCUACUACUCAGUCGGGGGUCGACAGUACUCACAGAAUGGCUGCAAGCAGGUGGUUGCUAAGGUGAACCUUCUGUGAGUGCAGCCAUUUGUACCUCUGCCAAAGGAGGUUACGAUGCCAGUGUGGUUUGUUUGUCUGUCUGUCAGCAGGAUUACGGAGAUACUGCCAGCCCAUUUCACCAGUUCAUGAGACUUGGUGAAAGGGUGUAGCAUGGACCAAGGAAGAACUUAUUAAAUCACAGGGCGGAUCGACAAAUUGACAGAUUGAAAGCAACUUAAUAACCUCUGUCUCUGACGUAUUUCUUUCAGUAAACUUAACAAUGGAUCUGUUGGGUGAACACUCCAACAUUUAUUUCAUUCAGUGCUAAUACUCAAACUGGAGUUGUUGUGUUUUGUUGGUUGUUUUGCAUUUUCUUUACUCAUGGCACUAUCGUGUGAGGCAUCUAUCAAUCUUCCUUGUUGUUUGGGUACACAUGCCAUGCUCUGAUUUUGAUUGACACAUCAGACUUAGGCUCACCUUUUAUUUGCAGGUCAUACAGAGUGCCACGCCUAACUGUGCUCGCUGAACUUUGGUUACAGCUUGAAGUUGCCCUUGCCUCCAAACCAAAACAUUUUGAUAGACUAGCCUAUUCCACGUCUGCAUUUGCUAAAAAUAUUCACAUGGCCUUGAGACAAAUGAAGGAGACAGUGUGUCACGCGAUAGGAGAAGCUAGACUAAUGGAUUUGGACUGCAUGAACAUGUUGGCAGAGGACAAAGACCUCACUGCCUUGAGAAAUUAAGUUGAUCUUAAUGAAGAUAUCUAUUAAGAAAAUGCUGAUAUGCAACGAUGCUCUUUGAAUUGGUUUCUAAACUGAUGAGGUUGAAGUUUUAGAGAUCUAACAGAGCAAACAUCUUCAUGGACUGUGGCAAAGGUCAGAGAGCGGCUGAUUGAUUUGAUAAAUAUUUAUAUUUUAUACACAAUUUACCUACAGAAGUUUUCAGAAUGUAAUAGAAACAUAUCAUCUGGCCUUAUUUUCAUUUAGCCAUGUAUCUUCUCAUUAUCUUCUAUAUCAUAUACAUUAUAUUAUAUAUUGCAUUAUAUAUACAUUGAAAUACAAUAAUAAGUAUGUUUGUGCGUACGUCUUUGUUCAGACAGGCAUAUCUAUCAGGCAUAUCUAUCAUAACCACCACACCCCUUCCAGCACUUUCUAAUAAACAAUUGUUGCCAUGACUGUCAACUAUUGACAGCUAACAGCAGCCACUGACUAACUCUAUUUACUCACUGAACAGUGAUAACGACACACAAACACACUCGAGGGCUGGUGGCAAAUGUCAGUCAAGGUACAUGCCUGUACAUACGCAAACUUAUGUUUACAUGGACACAACUUAUGUUACCAAGCCACAGGGGCUGGUGCGAGGAAAAUGACAGUCAAAAUAAGUGACCGAAUGUCUACCAUGUCAUGUAACAACACCUACAGAGUCCAUUACUGUUCUUAGGUCUUUAAAGAAGGGUGAAGCGGGUGGUGUGGAAACAUCGGAGGUCAAGGGAGGAAAAUUACUAUCAAGACAGGGGAGUUCAAUACAAGGUUAAAAAGGCAGUUGUCAUGUUUGCUGGUGUAUGAUUGCUUGAUUGCGUGCAAAAACUGCAACAAGCCAUCCAAAUACCAGGCGAUCAAAAGAAGAAAAACAUUCUUUGCAUUCUUUUUUUUUUCUUCUGUUUUGCGGUAAAAUCCUUAGCACGAUCUGAUGGGUGGGGGAACGUUUAGACAGACUGAGUCGAUGAGCUGAUGAGCUGACACAGAAAGGUGUUGGCUCCACAGAAAUAUUUACUGCUGUGGGCCUUCGCAUUCUGACUUAGUUAAUACAUGUUUUGCACAUCAUAUUAAUAUCUCAUUGUUUAAACAAUCAAACAUAGAAGCACAGAAUCUUCACUGUGUUCGGUCACAUGUCAUAGUGAAGCGAGCAACACAGCGAGAACGAGACACGAGGUUGUGUUUGUUUUCAAUAGUGGCGGUCAGAGCCCAACCAGGGGAGUGUAAAUACAGCCGCCACUAGAUAACCACGAAUGUAAACAUGUGCAGAAAACAACGUAUCAAAUAUGACUGAGUUGCAGCAUUCCUCUGUAGGGAGGCAUUCUGUGUGACCCUAUGCAAAGUCCAUGACCUCUGUGCAUGUUUUUAAUCUGAAGGCUGGAGCUACUUCUGUGUCAUGAGUUUGGGGUGGGUUUGACUACAACCCCUAAUUGUGACAUGGCUCUACAUCUGACAUCCAGUGUCCUAAGAUAAAGUUUAGCCAGAGAAGACGAGAGGAGUCACAUUUGAGUAACUAAUUACACUGAAUACACAGUUGUGUUCAUUCAAGGACUUCAGUUUCAUGCCUAAAAAGACUCCUAUUAUCCUCUACUUUUGACCAGUUUAUCAGUUAAUUGAUGGCUAAUAAAACACACUUAUCUACAAAAAGUGUAACCCUUUUUAAUUUGGGGAAAGAUGUUUAAGGUUUUCGAAUCUCACACCUCCACAAGCAACCACACAAAGUCACACUGAAACAAUUUGCAUAUUGUUCAGAAGAUGCACUGUCAAUCUUGUGGUUUUGAUUGAUUUAAGACUCAGGAAGAAGUCAUCUUGAAAGACAAGUUUAUGAUGCCUUUCACAAUAGCUCAGCACAGAGACAGUGAGAGUGUGCCAGAUUACUGCAGUGCAGUUUACGCAAUAAAUACUUCACUCCUUUGUGCAGUGAUGCCAAAAAAUAAUACCCGUUUCCUCACAUAAGAGAGUAAUUCAUUAAUCUAUCAAUGAGAUGAGAAUGUGACUUUCAUUUCCUUCCUUGACCUUGACCUUGACAGACACUGGACCUUUAAAUAAAUACAACUAUUGAUUUCAAACCCUA